AUGUCGGAAGGUUGCACGAGCUGCAGAGGAACGAAUUAUGGCAGUGGUACAUUGCAGUUAGGUGGGACUUCCGGUGGCACAAGCGGAAGUCCACCAUCUACGACGUCUGCUUCAAAUUACGCGGCAACGAGAAGAGUUCAAGUACGUGCAAAGGUCCUUUACGGUUCGGGAAAAGCAAUCGCGAGCUUAGUCGUUUUCGUUACUUUCUUCUGGACCGUACGAUCUCAACCGGAAGAAAGCACUCCUAUUAUUUACUCUGCAAUAAAUUAUACAAAAGAAAUAUUUACGAAUGUAGAAUUUAACUAUUCUACCACGCAAACUACUAUAGCAGAGCAGAAAAACUUUAGAGAAAAUCAAACGAAUUUCAAAAGAAACUUUAAUAACAACGAGGAAACGAGUAAAUACGAAACCGAAACUUUCGAAAUUGUCGGAAAAUAUGAUUCGAAAAACUAUAGUAAUCAUUCUACAAAUAAUAUUACAACUUACGAACUCGAGAGUCGUGAUAAUCAAGGAAACUGGGGACCUCGUGAGGAAGAUAUUAUUGAAGCUGUUGAUUUUGGAUUACAAGCGAUGCAUGAUCUUUACAACGUUAAAGAACCGAAAUUAUAUUCUAUGGGACUCUAUCUGAAAGCUGACAAUCCAGCAAAAUACGUGGCAACAUUCAAUGAUCAAACCGAAGAAGCUAGAACGCUUGCUAAAUUUGGUUAUGCAGUUCUCGAAGGCGCAACUAUGUUUGUCAAAAAGUUUCCCGAUUUGUCGAGAGAACUUCCUCUUUCUCGUAAAGGUCAAACAACAAGAUUGCAACGCCAAUGUCCGAGAAGAGGAACUCCUCGAUGUCCAGCAGCUAGUUUAAGAUAUAGAACUUCGGAUGGAAGUUGUAAUAAUCUUAAGAAUCCUUGGUGGGGAUCAGCAAUGUCAACUAUGCAAAGAUUCUUACCACCGAAUUAUAAUGACGAUAUACAAAGUAUCAGAAGAUCAAGAGACGGUAAUCCAUUACCAAGUGCACGUGUAAUUUCUGACGUGUUACACGAAGAUGAAGAUAUACAAUUGGCAUCUAUUACGCAUAUGUUAAUGCAAUGGGGUCAAUUCAUAGAUCAUGAUUUAACAGCAACUGGGCAAAGUAGAGGCUUCAAUGGAUCUGUACCUCAAUGUUGUUUAAAUUCGGGUCUUGGAUUUCAACCUUUUGAAUUAUUGCAUCCAGAAUGUUUACCAAUAGCGGUAGACCCUCAGGAUAGUUUCUUUAGUCGUUUUGGCAUCAAGUGUUUGGAAUUUCUUAGAAGUGGAUCAGCACCAAGGGAAGAUUGUCUAUUUGGUGCUAGAGAACAAUUAACUCAAGUUACGAGUUAUUUAGAUGCAUCCACGGUGUACAGCAGCAAUGCUUUUCAAAGUGACAAUCUUCGACUCUUUAAAAACGGUUUAUUGCAAUUCGGUAUAGUUCAAUCACGACAACCUUCACUCUUCAGACAAGAUUCGGAUCUUUGCAAACAAGGUUCUUUGUCAACGAGUUGUUUUAGAGCAGGAGAUGGUCGUUUAAGUGAACAGCCAGCUCUAACUUCUCUACACAUUGUAUUUUUAAGGCUGCACAAUAGAUUAGCAAUUAAGCUUAGCGAAUUGAAUCCUCAUUGGAGAGACGAAAAAAUAUUCCAAGAAACUCGUAAAAUUAUCGGUGCGAUUGUACAACAUAUUACGUAUCGCGAGUUCUUACCAAUCAUAUUAGGGAACGAGGUAAUGAAAGUAUUCGAUUUAGAAGUCUUGACAAAAGGGUAUUACGAUGGUUACGAUCCUUCUGUUAAUCCUACUAUAGCAAAUUCCUUUUCAACAGCAGCUUAUCGUUUCGGACAUUCGUUGGUUCAGCAUAGUUUCUUAAGAUUUGACAGAAAUCAUCAAUCUUUAUUUAAUAAUGUCUCAAUCCACGACGAAUUUAGAAAUCCUGAAAAUUUGGAAACUGGUUCGAUAGACCGUCUUCUUUUAGGAUUAGUGAACCAACCUUCGCAAAGAAGAGAUGAAUUUAUAACUAGAGAAUUGACUCGUCAUUUAUUUCAAACGCCAGGUUUCCCUUUCGGAAUGGAUCUGGCAUCUCUUAAUAUUCAAAGAGGACGAGAUCAUGGUAUACCACCAUACGUUGAUUGGCGAGAACCAUGUGGCUUGUCUCCCAUCAAAAGUUUUGCCGAUCUUGAGAAUAUUAUGAAACCUAAUACUAUAUUUAAGCUUCGAACUUUAUAUUCUUCGGUGGAAGACGUUGAUUUGUAUCCCGCUGGAUUAGCUGAAAAAUCAGUUCGCGGUGGUUUAGUUGGACCAACGUUUGCUUGCAUAAUUGCACAGCAAUUUAGUAAUCUACGACGUGGCGAUAGAUUUUGGUAUGAAAAUGAUAAAGAAGAAAGUGGAUUUACUUCUCGACAACUUCAACAAAUCAGACGUAUCACAUUUUCUCAAGUUCUUUGUCUUACAAUGAAUAACAUUAAAACUAUUCAACCGUUCGUUUUUCUAAUAGCUGAUACAUUCAGAAAUCAACGUGUUGCUUGCAAUGAUGAAAUAAUGACACAGUUCAGCCUUGAACCUUGGACUGAACAACAAUCGGAACAAAGAAGUAAAUCGGAUGAUUUACAUGUAUCAGAAAGAAAGAGAAUUGAUCGAAUUCGUAGUACAACUAGCAGAUCUGUUACAAAUAGACAAGAAGGGACAAAAGAAAAUGUUAAAAACAACGCGAGAGAACAAACGAAAGUUUUAUCGCAAAAAACUAAACCCGUUAAAGCUAAUAUCAAUCAGCAUAAUAGAAUCGUCGUGAAAAAACCUUUCGGUCCACCAGAUAACGUUACGAUAGUUGUUCAAAAUAAUGCAGUUAAUUCACCUGUUUUCGUUAAUGAUGCAAUUUAUGGUUCGUACAUUCAAAUACAAACUACUACUCAAAGUAACAAAGAUAUUCCUAAAAGGGAAAAUUUCAAUUAUCAACCUAACGGACAAUAUAAUCAAUUAUCGUAUGAUCAAGGGUCAUUGAACAUUCCUAUUCAUAGACCACCCCAAAAACCAAUACCAACUUCAAUUCCUGAAAGAUUUGAAAUUUCACAGAACAUAAAACCAUAUGUCCCAUAUGCUUAUAACGAUCCUUACAACCCAAAUCCUCUGAAUUAUGGUUACAGACCAAAUUAUAAACCCGAAGAAGACAUUAUUUACGACAACUUAUCUCCUACAAGUCCAAGACCAACCUUAUACACCUACUAUAUGCACGACCAACAAUUGACAACUCCGCAAAGACCCAUUCAUCAAGACAAAAGUCACUCAAGUUAUUACAAUCCCUCUUACAACACACCAUCUACAACGCAACAUUAUCAAGGAACAAGUCCAUCACCGUGGAUAAAACCUAAACCACAAUUUGAGCCAAGCUAUCAGUCUUACGCGCAGAAACUUAGCUCAGAUAUUAUUGCUAAUCCAAAUUACAAUCACAAUGUAAACAACAGACCAGAAUACUGGCCUCAACAAAUACCAAGUACCAUACAAGAUGAGAAUGUACAUUCUACACAACCCGAUUAUAGCCAUGUUCAAAGUAAACCCAUUAACAAACCUUACAACAAAGAUGAAUCCGAAACUUGGAAAUAUUCGAUUAAUGUACAAAAAGACGAUGGAUAUGCACUUUCUUCGAGCAGACCUUACAAUGAACCAUAUGGCCCCCAAGAAACAAACAGCUAUCAGAAUAGACCUAUAAAUGUACCAAAUAACGAAGAUGAUCCUGAUAUUUAUAAUAAGAAACCAUUGGAUACAUCUUACCCGAUAGUGUUAAAUAAACCAAAUGAUCAAAAUGGCUCAGAAAAUCUAUUAGCGAAUGUGCAACCUUAUCAAGAAGAAGCCAUAAAAAAUCCAAUCCUUAGUAAUCCGAGCAAAUGGACCGAUAUUCCAUCUUAUCAGCCAAGACCGACCAAAAGACCCGAUUGUACUCCUAUAUUCCAUGAAGAAUCAUCGUAUCAGAAAAGACCAAUUAAAACGCCUACGAUCGUUCAAAGCGAUUUUAGUUCGACAAAAGUUCCACCAUUAUACCAAGUGGAUUUAUUUAAAAAGACUAGCUAUCAGCAAAGACCUACCAUAAAACCAGAUAAAUCAACGAGCAAUUCCUUUUAUCAAACCAAUCCGUUGAACAAUCCAAACAGCAAACCUUUUGCCAAAGAUGAUGAUAUCUCUUAUCAAAGAAAACCAAUUUCACAUGUUUCUGUACAACAUUCGACAAAAAUUCCGACCAAUGAUGAAAUUUUAAAACCGAUUAAAAUACAAAGUGUUACCAUUGUCACGGAAAGUAUCGAGACUGUUCGACAUCCUGGAUCUUCUGGUUAUAGACCAGUAAAUAAAAUCAAUGCAGAAAUUCCGAGACCACUAGAACUUCGACAAAACGAAGGAAAACCUGGCCAGUACUAUUACGAUAAAAACGUUUUACAUCGUUACCCCGAGAAAAUGGAAGACGAUAUCUCGAAAUAUUAUCAUCAUCAUUUGGCGAAGGACGAUGUUACUUACGGCGAGACAAGAGAAAUCUUGGGAGAAAACGAAACCGUCGUUGAAUUAAAUUUCACUGAUGUGCUUACAAAAGCUCAAGUAAUUCAAAAUGACGACACUAAAUUUGUAACAACUCCUACUUUUGUGAUCGAUGAUCCUGACAAGAUUUACGCUAACGACGAUCUCGACGGAUCUUUCUCCGAGAACAUCGAAAGUGUCACAACUUUAAACGAUUUACAGAGAACAAAUAAUUGGCUUAAUUCUGAAGAAAAUCCAAGACUGUCGUCCAUUUUGGAAAUGCCUAAUAUUACAUCCGAGGAAAACAUCAGCUCCAAGGAAUUGCCUAAGCCAUUAAUUAAAACCAGUAAAUUAGCCUCUUAAUUUACGUUUCACGGUAGUUUAGAAAGCUAUUAUUUCAUUUUAUUUUUUUUUUAUUUUUUUUUAUUAUAUAUCGUUAACCAUCAUUACCUUCUCAUACUAUUUAUUAUCAGAUUCAUUAUUUUCAUUAUGUUUGUAUUUAUUUUCGUAGACCUAGUUUUCUAGAGAUAAUUAUAGCUUUUGCUUACGUGUCAUUAGUAACACUUACGAUCUCUCACGAUCGUUUCUGUUAAAUUGAAAAAGUUGACGAGACUUAUCUACUACUAUGU